GGAGAAGCAACAACAGGAUACGAUCCAAGUACAGAUCAUGAUUGGCUAUUAGGAGAAAUACAACUUUGGAUAUUCAAAAAUAUUUGGAAUAAAUGGUCAUCUAUUGCUAGGAGACACUCUGCUGCUAAUUGUACAUUACUGGAGACAUUUUCUGCUCAGUUUAGUGGCUAUGGGGCCCCACAGGCAUUGGUGGCAACGGUGCUGCAGGAGGUGCAGCGCAGCAGGAGACAGCGUAGCGAGGCAACCCAAGCAACAGCAGCAGCAGCAGCACAAGCAGCAGCAGCAGCAGGAUUGACUACAGCAGCAGCACCAACAGAAGACACCGCGCUGCUCCCUGAGGACCUUAACAAAUGGACAUCUGAUGAUGCUAUGGAACUGGUAAAGACAUUCGUAAAGAUUCGUUUUCCUUUUGUUUUAGUCCUUAACAAAUGUGACGCGGGAGGAGACGUGGAUAAGAAUGUGUUACGUUUUUCAUCAAAAUUUCGUGAUAGUCCUCUUGUCUUAACAAGUGCAUUAGCUGAAUGUUUCCUACAAAAAUUAAAGCAACAGAAAUUGAUAUGUUAUGAUUCAAGUACUGGUAUAGCUUAUUGUAGUGAGGACCUAAAAGGACCAAAUAAAAAAAGAAUAAAAGAAGAAGAAAUAAAAAAAAUAAAAGAAUUAAAUAUUAUAGAUAAUAAGGCAUAUAAUAGAUUAGAAAAAGUUAGGGAUCUUAUGUUAUUUAGGCAUGGAAGUACUGGAGUUAUUGAGGCAAUUCGUGUAGCAGUAGAGGUAUUAGGUAACCGUUUUGCUGUAUAUCCAGUAAAAACAUUACAAUUAACAACAACAGAUAAGAAAGGAAGGGGACACUUCCAUGAGUGUCUCCUUAUUAAACAAGGAACUACGUAA